GAUUUUACCGAUAAUUUGCCAGCUCAGCAAAAACAAAACAUGUAACACACGAAACUAACCUUAGCAAAAUAAAAAAGACAACCCAACAAAAACAAAUUUCAGUUUCUUGUUCCAAUCUUGUUCACAAUUCAAUCUUUUAUAUCUAAAUCCAAACCUUAAAGAUUUAAAAAUCAAAUAAAAAAAAAUAAAACAUCUUCAGAAAAUGUCGAAUAUAGAAGAAAAUUCAUCUCCUCCUAAGAUACACAUUGAGACUCCACCAACAGCGCCACCUGCGUCUGGUGAGGAUCAUCAGACACCUCACCAGACACCGGCGACUGCAGGGAUCGCUGGAAUAUUGCGGCGAUGGAAGAGGGAGGAUUUGAUAAAGAGAGGAUCAUUAGGAUUGAGAGGGAUCGGUCUGCUAUUCUCUCUGAUCUCCUUCAUUGUAAUGGCGAGUAACAAACAUGGUGAUUGGAAAGACUUUGAUAAAUAUGAAGAGUAUAGAUAUCUGUUGGCAAUUGCGAUUUUGUCAAGUUUGUAUACUGGAGCUCAAGCUUUUCGUCAAGUUCAUGAACUUUCUACUGGUAAACAAUUGAUUAAACCAAGAAUGGCUGCUUUGAUUGACUUUUUUGGUGAUCAGAUAAUGGCAUAUCUUUUGAUAUCAUCAGCGUCGUCAGCUAUUCCAAUAACGAAUAGAAUGAGGGAAGGCGCAGACAAUAUAUUUACAGAUGCUUCAGCUGCAGCGAUUAGCAUGUCGGUUUUCGCCUUCUUGUGUUUAGGAGCAUCAGCUCUCAUUUCUGGCUACAAACUAUCAACUCAAUCUUAUAUCUGAAACUGCAACAAAAUUCUCCAUACACCGUGUCAUACUUCAGUUACUUACCUGUAAAUCACAUUUAUCUGUAUAUCACUGUUGUGAAAGGGAGACAUUUGUAUGUAACAAUGAAAGAUUAUGAUAUUGAUUUCAUAUACAAAUAA